CCGAAGCGUAAAGAUGGGGAUCGGUUCCGUGAUUUUUUCCGCCGCCGGCCUGCUGCUCCUCCUCUUCCCGCCCUCCCAGCAACAAGCUCCAUCGGGGAACAUUGGAUCCCAGUGGCGCGACGAUGAGGGGCAUUUCAAUCGCACCCUGGACUCCAUUUUGGUGCCACGCGUCGUCGGCAGUCGGGGACAUCAGCAGGUGCGCGAGUAUCUGGUACAAUCGCUGAACGGCCUUGGCUUUCAAACGGAAGUGGAUGAGUUCAAGCAGCGCGUUCCAGUUCUCGGCGAGCUUACGUUCGCCAAUGUUGUGGGCACCAUUAAUCCGCAGGCCCAGAACUUCCUGGCUCUGGCCUGUCACUACGACAGCAAGUACUUCCCCAACGAUCCGGGAUUUGUGGGGGCCACCGAUUCGGCGGUGCCCUGUGCAAUUCUCCUCAACACCGCCAAGACCUUGAGCGGCUAUCUGCAGAAAGAGUUUCGCAAUCGCAACGACGUGGGACUUAUGCUCAUUUUCUUCGAUGGCGAGGAGGCCUUCAAGGAAUGGACCGAUGCCGAUUCCGUCUAUGGCUCAAAGCAUCUGGCCUCGAAGUUGGCCAAAACACGCAGUGGCUCUCAGAGUGCCAGCCAAGUUCAACUGGGCCCACGCAAUAUAGAUCGAAUUGAAGUGCUGGUGCUGCUGGAUCUUAUUGGGGCGCGGAAUCCCAAGUUCUCUAGUUUCUAUGAAAAUACCCACGGACUGCACUCCAGUCUGGUGCAGAUCGAGAAAUCCCUGCGCUCUGCUGGUCAGCUGGAGGGCAACAACAAUAUGUUUUUAAGUCGUGCUAGCGGCGGUCUGGUCGAUGACGAUCAUCGCCCGUUCUUGGAUGAGAAUGUUCCUGUGCUCCACUUGGUGGCCACUCCCUUUCCGGACGUUUGGCACACUCCGCGCGACAAUGCCGCCAAUCUGCACUGGCCAUCCAUUCGCAAUUUCAACCGUGUUUUCCGUAAUUUCGUUUACGAGUACUUGAAACGCCACACGUCACCAGUGGAUUUACGUUACUACUGAGAAUAGUUUUCGGUUUGUCUUAUGUCUAAGAUUUUUAUUAAGCAUAAGUGUAAAGUGUGUUUGUUUUCUGUUAAUUAAAAAGGUCCUAAGGCUUGCGAAA